AUGUUUCUUUUUGGUUUGGCUUCAAUGAGUGUGCCGAUUGUUUUAACCUGGAACCAUCUAAACGUGCCAGGAUACGUUACAUUCAAUAAAUUAACACAACGUUGGGAUUUCAUUGGCGAAGUGACUUUGAAAGACAGUUUUUUGUUUUUAAACUAUUUCAUGGCGGUUUUUUCUGUGUUGUCAUUAAUUAUCAAUAGUAUAUUAUUAAAGUUCAUAUGCUGUGCCGCACAGUUCAACAAGAAAAAACAAGUGGAGAUUCACUUAAUAGUAUUCACUUUCAUCGAAGCUAUUGUUCAAUGCGCUGGAGUAGCAAUCAGUUUCGCAAGAGUCUUCGAUGAGGACCAACAUCUCGCUGAUUACGCAUUCUAUUUACCGUAUGUCAGUGACGCUCUCAGCAUGCAUCAAGCUGUUUUGCUGUUCUGUUUCAGUGUGAAUUUGCGGAGACAAAUCUUGGGAGCAAUACUGUGUCGCAAGAAAAAUUUAGUUAUUGAGCCUGCCCAUUAUCAAGCGAACAGAGCCCGAAUUAUGAAGGAAAUGCCUUCCGUUGGCUGA